CCUUUCUCCAGCGCUCCCAGCAACUGAAGCAUUCAGCGUGGCUGGCCCCGGCGCCGUGCCGCCUGAACUCCGGCCUGCCCAUGAAUAUUGGGGUGCUCUUCGUGCCGCAGCAGGAGGCUUGGGUGGUGGAGAGGAUGGGCAAGUUCCACCGAAUCCUCGAGCCUGGUUUGAACUUCCUCAUCCCUCUGCUGGAUCGGAUUCGUUACGUGCAGAGUCUCAAAGAAAUCGUCAUUAACGUCCCAGAGCAGUCAGCUGUCACCUUAGAUAACGUCACCCUGCAGAUUGAUGGUGUGCUCUAUCUGCGGGUUAUGGACCCCUACAAGGUACCGUCCCUGCUGCGCCGACGCUCGGCCUGAGCCAAACGCCGCCUCGUUGCUCUCUGCCGCUCCCUUUGUGUCUCCCAGGAGCGGGAGUCCCUCAACGCCAACAUUGUGGAUGCCAUCAACCAGGCUUCAGACUGCUGGGGCAUCCGGUGCCUGCGCUACGAGAUCAAGGACAUCCACGUGCCCCCGCGCGUGAAGGAGUCCAUGCAGAUGCAGGUGGAGGCGGAGCGGCGGAAGCGGGCGACGGUGCUGGAGUCGGAGGGGACGCGGGAAUCGGCUAUCAACGUGGCUGAGGGGCAGAAGCAGGCCCAGAUCCUGGCGUCGGAAGCCGAGAAGGCCGAACAAAUCAACAAAGCCGCUGGAGAGGCCAACGCCAUGCUGGUCAAGGCCAGGGCCAAGGCGGAGGCAAUUCAGCUGCUGGCAGCUGCUCUGGCGCAGCAGGUGAGCGAGGGCUCCUCGGGGCAGCACGACUCGGGUGGGCUCCCUGCUCUCAUUAAUUCCUUUCUUGCUGCCUCAGGAAGGAGAGUGGUCUUCAUGGGUGAUGACACUUGGGAAGGACUCUUCCCGAAGAAGUUUUUUCGCUCGUAUUUCUUCCCUUCUUUUAACGUGAAGGAUCUUCAUACUGUGGACGAUGGGAUCCUGCAGCAUCUCUACCCAACUGUGGACAGUGGUGAAUGGGACGUGCUGAUUGCUCACUUCCUCGGCGUGGACCACUGUGGGCACAAACACGGACCUGACCAUCCCGAAAUGACUAAGAAGCUCACCCAGAUGAAUGAGAUGCUCAGGUCCUUGGUGGAUCACCUGGGGAAUGACACCCUUCUUCUGGUGGCUGGGGACCACGGCAUGACAGAGACAGGAGACCAUGGCGGCGACAGCGAGAAGGAAGUGAAUGCAGCGCUGUUUGUGUACAGCAAAACAGCCCUCUUUGGCGCUGGCCCUCCAGAGGAGCCUGAGGCUGUUCCCCAGGUGAACCUGGUGCCCACUGUGGCCCUGCUGCUGGGUGUGCCCAUCCCCUACAGUAACAUCGGGGAGGUGAUGGCUGAGCUGUUCUCCGGGGACGGCGACGCCGUGUCUGCAGCCUUGCAGCAGCUCUCGGUCUAUCACAUCAACGCCAAGCAGGUGGACCGCUUCCUGCACUCCUACUCGCUGGUGGCUCAGGACCUGCCAGCAGAGCAGCUCCAGCGCCUGCAGGAGCUCUUCUCCAGCGCCGUGGAGGAGCACUCUCGGCUCUUGGCCCAGGUGCAGGGAGUGACGCUGGUGCCUCCGGAGCUGGAGUCCAGGCUGGGAAGCCUCAUCGGUCGCUUCCAGCUCUACCUGCGGGAGGCACGGGCUGUGUGCACCCAGUCCUGGGCCCGCUUCCAUCCCCUGCGUAUGGUGGGGGGCUGCACCCUCAUCGCUGCUUCCUGCUUGCUCUGCUACAUGGCCUCAGAGCUGGCUGCAGCAUCGGACUCUUUCUAUCGCAGCUGCCUCCUGUACCCACUGCUUUGGGGCUCGGUGGUGGCUGUUCUGCUGGGGCUGGCCCGUGUGCUCACCCAGGAGGGGCUGGAUCUCCUCCUGGUGUCGUCAUGGGCAGCUGCAGCUUCUCAGCUGGGUUUUUUCUGGCACUGGUGGGGCCGGCAUCCCAAGCGAGCCCGUUUGGCGGGCAGUCAGCCACCCUUGGCCAGCGUUGGCCUGAGGCAGAGGCUGCGAGCGUGGCUGGGGCUGGCCUUCCCCAUGGGCAUUCUCCUCUUCCGCUGCGGAGCUAUGUUCUCCGAUAGCUUUGUGGUGGCCGAGGCCCGGGUGGCCCCGUUCCUGCUGGCCUCACUGGUGAUGUUGCUAGUAGGGAAGCUCCACUGGGACGGUCGCCUGACUGUGCCAGAAGGCCCCAAGCAGCAGCUCCUUGGCUUUUCUUCUUACCGGAGGGAGAUCUGGUACCUGCUGUGCCUCGUGGCCAUGCUCCUGGUCUGCGUGCGCCUCUCUGGUUUCUUCCACCAGUGCCGUGAAGAAAUCCCUCAGUGCCGGCCCUCUCUUUUCCUCUCCCCCCUUGCCAGCCUGAGAAACACACGGGCCAAGAACCUCUUCUACCUCCUGUGCGUGGCCUUGCUGGCCGGGCUGGUCUAUGCGGUGCGGAGCUGGCUGCGACACUACGGCAACCCCAACAGCUCGGACCCCCUCGUGCUCUUUGUGCGCUGGGGUUUCCCACUGGUGGUCGUCUGCAUUGCCUGCUACUGGGCCGUUGCCUCCAGCGCUGAUGACUCUCUCGGCAAGCUGCAGGAGCUGGUGCAGGUGGCAGUUGUUGCCUUUCCGUGGGCUGUCUACGGACUAGCGUCCGUGGGGCUGCUGCUCCUGCUGUGCAAUCCCAUGACGGUGUUCGCGAAGGACACGCGGGAGUCGGCAGGAUCCAUCGUCACUCCCUACCUGGGGGUUCCUAGCUCUGAAGCUGACUUCCUCCACGUCAUCCCUCAGAUCUACAAGAGGAUGCAGGAGUCUCAGAAGAGCCGCCUGGAGCGGGGCAGCUGCAAGGCCACUGUCGCAGCGUACGGGCUGGGCAGCGUGUACUCGGCAGCCCUGGUCAUAGCGCUCACCCUGCUGGGCUUCCUCUUGAUGCUUCUGCACAGUGAGCGGCUGAGUCUCGCCUUCCUUCUCCUCUUCCUGGAGGCCUUCAUGCUGCUGCACAUCCACACGCGUGCCAGAGGCCUUGCUGGAGACGCUGCUCCUUUUUCAGUGCCCUGGUACGCAGUCAUCUCCUGGCUCCUUGCUGCUUCCCAGUUCUUCUAUUCCACAGGCCACCAGCCCAUCUUCCCGGCCAUCCACUGGAACGCAGCCUUUGUGGGCUUCCACCUAGACCACAGCACGAACCUCCUGCCUGCUGUCCUGGUGGGCGCCAACACCUUUGCCUCCCAUAUCCUCUUUGCAGUCGGCUGCCCUCUGCUCCUGCUUUGGCCCUUUGUAUGUGAGAUGCCCAGCUUGCAGAAGAGGAAGUCCAAGAAGGAGCCCCGGGAGGAGCUGCAGGAGGUGGAAGAGCACAUGAUGGAGAUGAGGCUGCGGGAGUCCCCGGAGAAGUUCUCCACUGCUCUGCUGCAGCUGGGGCUGAAGUACCUCUUUGUCCUUGGGACACAGCUUCUGGCCUGUGUUUGUGCAGCUAUGAUCCUCAGGAGGCACCUCAUGGUCUGGAAGGUCUUUGCCCCAAAGUUCCUCUUUGAGUCGCUGGGCUUCGUGGUGAGCAGCAUCUGCCUCCUGCUGGGGAUCUCCUUGGUGAUGCGUGUAGACUGUGCCGUCAGCUCCUGGUUCAGCCAGCUUCAGCUCAGGUAGCGUCGGAGGUGUGGGGAACCCGAUCUGCUCGUCGGCCGAGGCUGUGGUUGUCUCCCUGGCCCCCUCGUGCCGGGAGGGUUACACGAGCCACCAGC